AUGGCUUCUAAUGGAGAUAGGAUAUCGAUUAGAGCAAGGACAGUAGCGGUAGUAGGUGCCGGGCCUUCAGGUGUGAUAGCAGCAAAGUACCUGAGAGCCGAGAAGUCAUUUGAGAAGGUUGUCUUGUUCGAACAGAGAAAUCGACCUGGGGGGAUAUGGAUCUAUACUGGCGAGCAGCGAGACGAAAACCUCUUCGAUAUACCCCAGACCAACCCGAACAAAGACUUUCAGAACCCGGAGUGGCAGCCUAAAGAGAACGUUGCCAAUGGGGAUGUUGAUACAAAUGGCACCGACACAGCAUUUCAUAUUCCCUCUUUCUUAUCACCAAUAUACGAGAAACUCGAAACCAACAUCCCACGUGGACUAAUGGGUUUCCAAGACCUCGACUGGCCAUCCGACAGCCAACUCUUCCCCACACACGAAACAGUUCUAAAGUACAUAGAAGACUACUCCGCCGACGUCCAAAAUCUCGUCCAAUACUGCACUCAAGUCACCGAUGUCGUACCUGUAGAUGCCAACAACCCCACCAGCUCAUGGACCGUCACAACCAAAAAUCUCCAAACCAACGAGUCCACCUCCGAAAUCUACGACGCAGUAGUAGUAGCAAACGGCCACUUCAUCGUCCCAUCCAUCCCAUCCAUGCCAGGGAUCCAAGACUGGGCAGCCCAACACCCAGGUCGAAUCACGCACUCAAAAUACUACCGCCGCGCCUCAGACUUUACCUCCAAGAAAGUAAUCGUAAUCGGCAACUCCGCCUCCGGCGCAGACAUAAGCGCCCAAAUCGCCUCUACCUGUUCCCUCCCCCUCCUCUGGUCCACCCGCUCCCAAUCCCUCUUCAGCGCAACCCACGGCGCCGCCUCAGCUGACCAGCGACGCCGCGAGGUACCCCCUAUAGCCCGUUUCCUACCGUCAACCCGCGGCGUAGAAUUCGCAGACGGAACACAAGCCCACGACAUCGACGCCAUUGUCUUCGCCACAGGAUAUUUCUACAGCCUACCAUUUCUGGAAUCAGUCGAACCUAAAUUAAUUACAACGGGGGAAAAAGUAAACCAUACAUUCCAGCACUUAUUCUACGCACCGAGACCAAGCUUGUCGUUCCUAGCGCUGAAUCAGCGUGUAAUCCCUUUUCCCAUUGCAGAAGCCCAGGCUGCGGUGCUGGCGCGUGUGUAUGCGGGUCGUCUCGAUUUACCUCCCCUCGCGACGAUGCGUGCCUGGGAACAAAGUAUGGAAGAAGAGAUGGGUUCAGGUCGAAAUUUCCAUCUACUGAAUUUCCCGAAGGACGGGAAGUAUAUCAAUGAGAUGAGUGCUUGGGCGGCUCAGGCGGUGGAGAAAGAAGGGUUGGAAGAUGGCGGGAAAGGAAAGAAGCCCCCGGUUUGGAGAGAGUGGCAAUUCUGGUGCCGUGAGCAUUUUCCGAAGAUUAGACAGGCGUUUGGGGCCAGGGGCGAGGAGAGGAAAGAGGUUAGGACGUUGGAGGAGUUGGGGUUUGUGUUUGGAGAGGAUAGAGUGGAGGGCGAGAAAUAG